CUGGCUGCGGGCGACGCGGCGACGCGGCCUCCGGGGAGGCGCUCGCCCCGCGGAGAUGUACGGUGUGUGUGGCUGCUGUGGCGCCCUACGCCCCAGGUACAAAAGGCUGGUCGACAACAUCUUCCCCGAGGAUCCCGAGGAUGGCCUGGUGAAGACCAACAUGGAGAAGCUGACCUUCUACGCCCUGUCAGCUCCUGAAAAGCUAGACCGGAUCGGAGCCUAUCUCUCCGAGAGGCUCAUCCGUGACGUGGGUCGUCAUCGCUAUGGGUACGUGUGCAUCGCCAUGGAGGCCCUGGACCAGCUGCUCAUGGCCUGCCAUUGCCAGAGCAUCAACCUCUUCGUGGAGAGCUUCCUCAAGAUGGUGGCCAAGCUGCUGGAGUCCGAGAAGCCCAACCUGCAGAUCCUCGGCACCAACUCGUUUGUGAAGUUUGCCAACAUCGAGGAGGACACGCCAUCCUACCACCGGAGCUACGACUUCUUUGUGUCCCGCUUCAGUGAGAUGUGCCACUCCAGCCACGACGACUUGGAAAUCAAGACGAAGAUCCGAAUGUCUGGCAUCAAAGGCCUGCAAGGGGUGGUGAGGAAGACAGUGAAUGACGAACUGCAGGCCAACAUCUGGGAACCACAGCACAUGGACAAGAUCGUGCCGUCACUGCUUUUCAACCUGCAGCACGUGGAGGAGGCUGAGAGUCGGUCCCCCUCGCCCCUCCAAGCGCCAGAGAAGGAAAAGGAGAACCCAGCCGAGCUGGCCGAGAGGUGCCUUCGGGAGCUGCUGGGCCGGGCGGCCUUUGGCAACAUCAAAAAUGCCAUCAAGCCCGUUCUCAUACACCUGGAUAACCAUUCUCUUUGGGAACCCAAGGUGUUCGCCAUCCGCUGCUUUAAGAUUAUCAUGUACUCAAUUCAGCCGCAGCACUCCCACCUGGUUAUCCAGCAGCUCCUGAGCCACCUGGAUGCCAACAGCCGCAGCGCGGCCACCGUGCGGGCCGGCAUCGUGGAGGUCCUGUCCGAAGCUGCAGUCAUCGCCGCUACCGGCUCUGUCGGGCCCACGGUGCUGGAGAUGUUCAACACUCUGCUGAGGCAACUGCGCCUCAGCAUCGACUAUGCCCUGACCGGGAGCUACGACGGGGCUAUCAGCCUUGGCACCAAGAGCAUCAAGGAGCACGAAGAGCGCAUGUUCCAGGAGGCUGUCUCCCCUGCAGCAGCCCUCCCCUCUUUUCCCACAGGUUCCUUUGCCAGCACGUUGCCUACGUAUCAGCGCUCAGAGGUGAUCCUCUUCAUUAUGAGCAAGGUCCCGCUGCCGUCCCUGCACCACGCCAUGGAGACAGGGAGGACAGGGGAGAACAGGAACCGGCUGACCCAAAUCAUGCUGCUGAAAUCCCUCCUUCAGGUAUCCACAGGCUUCCAGUGCAGCAACAUGAUGUCAGCCCUGCCCAGCAACUUCCUCGACCGCCUGCUCUCCACGGCCCUCAUGGAGGACGCAGAGAUCCGUCUCUUCGUGCUAGAGAUUCUGAUCAGUUUCAUUGACCGUCAUGGCAACCGUCACAAGUUCUCUACCAUCAGCACCCUCGGUGACAUCUCUGUCCUGAAGCUGAAAGUGGACAAGUGCUCACGACAGGACACCGUCUUCAUGAAGAAGCACUCCCAGCAGCUCUACCGACACAUCUACCUGAGCUGUAAGGCAGACUCGAACAUCCAGAAGCACUACGAGGCCCUCUAUGGCCUGCUGGCACUCCUGAGCAUCGAGCUGGCCAACGAGGAGGUGGUGGUGGACCUCAUCCGCCUGGUGCUGGCCGUCCAGGAUGUGGCCCAGGUCAACGAGGAGAACUUGCCGGUGUAUAACCGCUGUGCUCUCUACGCUCUGGGCGCUGCCUACCUGAACCUCAUCAGCCAGCUCACGACGGUGCCCGCCUUCUGCCAGCACAUCCACGAGGUGAUAGAGACCAGGAAGAAGGAGGCUCCCUACAUGCUCCCUGAGGACGUGUUUGUGGAGAAGCCAAGGCUGUCUCAAAACCUUGAAGGAGUGGUGAUUGAGUUUCUCUUCCGCCAGAGCAAGAUCAGCGAAGUCCUGGGGGGCAGUGGUUACAACGCAGACCGGCUCUGCCUGCCCUACAUCCCGCAGCUGACCGAUGAGGAUCGCCUAUCGAAGAGGAAGAGCAUUGGAGAAACCAUCUCCUUGCAGGUGGAGGUGGAGUCCAGGAACAGCCCAGAGAGAGAGGAGAGGGUGCCCGCGGAGGAGAUCACCUACGAGACACUGAAGAAGGCCAUCGUGGACAGCGUGGCGGUCGAGGAACAGGAACGUGAGCGGCGGCGGCAGGUGGUAGAGAAGUUCCAGAAGGCGCCCUUUGAGGAGAUCGCUGCACACUGCGGGGCCCGGGCAUCACUGCUGCAGAGCAAACUCAACCAGAUCUUUGAAAUCACCAUCCGCCCGCCCCCAAGCCCAUCGGGGACCAUCACGGCAGCCUACGGCCAGCCUCAGAACCACUCCAUCCCGGUGUACGAGAUGAAGUUUCCGGACCUGUGUGUCUACUGAAUCCUGGGAGAUGGAGCUCCUUGCAGGGUGGGCCUGAGGGCAGGCUUGCCCUCGCCCAGCCCUCCAACGUGAAAAUCUAACCUGGACCUCAGUGAAGGGGCCACCUUGAGUGACAGCACCCCCUGUGCGCCCCACCCCACCCCACACUUAGGCAAGGUGGAAUCAAUGCCCUCCUGCUUCCUCCCUGCCUCCCCCAAGGGAGGUCGACUGCCUGCCCCUCGGGGCCAAUAAGCAUCUCACCUGCACCGUCGUCGUCUCCUCCAUGGCGUCAGCCAGGGGCCCAGAAACCCGGGGCGUCUCAGGAGAGAGGCAGACGGCCUGAGGUGCCCCUGCUUGAUGCGGAGAACGAGGGACCUUUGUGGGGUGGGUCUGAGGGGCAGAGUCCUGGUGGGGGCACCGUCUGCCGGGAGCCAUAGACAGCAGCGGAGGAAGGGAAGCCGCUGGUCUUGUAAGAGCUGGAAGAUGGCCACCUUGCUAGCGUGGCCCCUCCCCCAUUCGAGGGCCCUCAGCCUCUUGCACUCUUCUGCUCACCUGCCAGGUGACUCUUCUUGUGUCUUUCUGUUACUAAUUAACGUUAAAACAGGGUAGAGACAUGGGCUGGCGGCAGGGAGAGGGAGGCAGCGAGGUGACAUGCAGGCUGCGGGCUGCUGGAGGCCUGCCUGUCCCCAGGCCAGCAGCAGGGGCUGGCCCACGCCUGUGCAGGGCCGGGGCCAGUGGGCAGUGGUGCAACAUCUCCUCCUGGCUUUGUCCUGAGGAAGGUUGCGCCCCCACCUGUGGCCCCUUCUCUGGAUUGUUCUGUGUUGCAGCUUCUCUGAUGCCUCUCACCUGAGGGCGCCCACGGGCUUCUGCAGUCCGGGGAGGGCAAAGCAAGAGCAUCUGGCUCUAGAGGCCUCAGAAGGAGGCACCACAGUGGUCCCCCCCCCCCAAUCACCUUCUACAGAAAAGGUUCCGGUCUGGCUGGGGUGGGGAGGGGGCCCUGGGGCUGAGGUGAGGGGCUGGGGCUGAGGGAGGGGCACCCUUUGACAAAAGGGCACUUUGCUAUUUGACAAAACAGCCUUUAGGAUGUUUCCUUUGAGGAAGGAAGGAGACUGCAUCUAGUGUUGGAGUGAUUUGGACCUAGAUGCCAAAAGACAAAGCUUGAGGUCCAGAGAGAGGCUGUGGAGCUCACUGGGUUCUGGGCUUCCUUUUCCCGGAGAGGGCGCUGCCUCUCUGCUGCCUCCUCUCCCCCCAGGGGCCUCUGUGCCUCCAGAGCCACCUCAGAGGCCCCUGCCCUGGGCCUCCCCUAUCCCUCUCCCCACCCCACCCUUGUCAGUGGUCCAAAAUAGCCCAUUUCUCCUCUUCCAAAGUUCCCAUGACUUUUCUGAGCUGAUGUAAUCCACAGGAAGGUGUGAAUGGUGAAGGAUUCCUCCCUACAAAAUAUGCUUUUUAAAAAGAGGGAUGCUAACUAGAGAGGGGGCCCAACGAGACCCCUUUUGAGGGCACAACUUCAGUCAGUGCGGUGCGGGGUCAGAGCAGCCUGUUUGUGCUGAAGGGUAGACGAGCUUUUUGGCUCACAAUCAGUCCCGCCCUAAUGGGCCCUGCAUCCAGGACAAACACGUCUCCCAAACAGCAAACCCUUAACACACAUGAUUUCCCACUAAAUUUUCCAAGCAGUACAUUUCGGGGAGCAGGGGACUAUGUGAACCUCCUGCCUGCAGUUCCACCGAUGUAGGUCGCUGCCUCGGGGCUGUGGGCCCCCAGCUGGCAGAAGGCCUGCUUGACCGCUGCAGGGCCCUGGGGGCGGCUCCUGCUCUCUCCACCAGCUUCAGACUCUGCCCUGUGGCUUUGGCUUAUGCACAACCCAGCUGUAAGCAUGGACUUAGAUUUCUCCUUAUUUUAAUAUCUCUGUAGCAAGUAACCAAGUUUAAAAUAACUUGAAACAAACGUGAAGGUAGAUAACCUCUGGCAGAACCUUUAAAGAUUCUCACUCUUGGAGCCACAAACGUCUUUCUGCGCUGGCUCUUCCCUCUUUCGGCCCUGCUCGCGCUCACGGAAACACUGUGGGUUCUUAUGCCUCCUUGAAUGCGGGCAACCUCCCCCUGGCAUCCCGCCCUGAGCUGUGUCCUUGGGCCCUGGCUCUAGGACUUGGAGAUCAUCACCCUGAAGCCUCUUUCUCAAGCCGGCAGCACCUGCAGGCCGCGGUCCCCCUCACCCUGGGAACAGUGAAGCCAAGGGUCGGCCUUCCUGUUCUUCCUACACUCCGCUGAAGCAGCUUUUCCCUCCUGUCACUGCUGCUUAGCAAACAUGUGCUUCUUUUGCAGAACUGGCCGCUUUGAGUGCCUUCUCAGUUUCAAGUUAGACUCACACUGGGUAAAAUACUAGGUUGCCUGGAUUCUCAGUCCCAGAGAAUGUGAGUGUGAAAGUCAGUAGAAGUUCCCUGGUCAGAGAAGCCCUCUCCGCCCCAGCACGAGGCCUGGGAGAGAAGAGGCAAAGCAGCACGCGGGCGGCAGCGGCUGGCUCCCUUGCCCUAAGCCCGGGUGCCUGGCAGCGCUGCAUGGCACCUGCCUCUUUUGCUCCUGCUCCCUGUCUUGAUUUUGAGCCAGCAGUUCCCCCCAAAGCAGCUGCUCCCCACAGCCACUGAGAACUCGUUUUGUGGGCAAAGGGGAGGGUUGCUUAGAUUCUGCUGACAGGACUAUGGGGGCCUGAACACUUGGGAGACAAAGUUCUGUUCGUUUGGUUAGUCGUAUGUGUGCAAGAAGCAGGCAGCAGAAAGCGCCUGUGUGACCCUGCGGGCUCCUGGUUUCCCUUGCAGCGGGGAGAGUCUCCAGCACCCUGUGCCUCUUCCCAUCUUCCUCCCUAGUAGAAAUCAGUGGUUUCUUGACUCCUAGAUGCCUCCUCAGCAGAAGGAAUCCGAACGGGUCGGAAGUAGUGGUAGGAAGUCCUCAGUCCACCCUCUGCCCUGUGCACGGUGGAAACAGAUGAGCCGUGGCAAGGUGGGCCCUGGGCCAACUCAGGGGCAUGGAGAAGCAUGGCGCUGUGCCCUUGAGCCUUAGCCCUGGUGUUCUGGGUCUCACCAGACUAACUCAACUGGCCUACGGCAGUACAACCUUUGAAAUUAUCUGGGGCCCUGGGGCACAGUACCUUACAGCUGCUGUUCUUGUCCCAGGCCCUCUGACUUGAGUACAGAGAGGUCGUUGAGAAGUGAGGCUACUGCCCCCAAUUCCUCUUCAUAACCAUAAAAUGGCAACUGGCCCGCUGGGAGUCUGUGGGAAAGGACUAGACCUGAGCUCUUAGGCAGAGUAUCGGGUGGGCUUGUGGGGAUUCUCCAGACCCACAGACCCUGGCAGGCAGGUGUCUUCCUUACCCCUGGGGAGAUGUUUCAGGGCCAUAUUUAUUUCUCUAUUCCCCUAACCCUAGUUAAAGUGCUCCUGUCCCAAAGCCAGCCACGGUCUGAGGACUGUAAAGACCUGUCAUGGGGGGCUGAGGGGAGCCCAGCCAACUGGGGAAAUGGGAAAAGGAAAAAGGGGCUGUGGGAGAAGCUUGGGGGCCCUCUUGGGGCCAGAAAGCAGUUGCUUAUGCCAGGUCAACCAGGUCUCUUUUCCUUCAGAGGUUCUUGGGCCUCAGCUCACCUCCCUUUUUAGCUUUUCCUCCACGACUAGAGAGUCCAGCUCAUGGAGUGCAGAGCUGUAAGUUCACAAAUGCUGCAGCCCAUACCUUGCGAAGUGUCUGUGUCCACUUGACCUGACCUGGCUGAGCGUGCGUGUGCCCAUGUGCAUACCUGUGAGUGUCACGUAGUUCACACUUGACUUGUACAUAGUAGCUGACGUUAUUUAUAUGUGAGUGCAGAAUUAGUGCCUGUGGCAGUUUUCUGUAUUUUAAACUCAUUGAGUCAAAUUAGUUUUAUUUUAAGGCAGGGGGGAGUGGUGGGGGGCUGUGGGAAGAAGGACUCAUAGCAAGAUCAUUUGGGGACUAUUAAUGGUGGUUUCCCAGUGAGCCGUCAUGAUGCCCUUUUCGAAUAAAUGCUAAUGUUGUCACCA